UUUAAUAAAUGAAACAUUCGUAAAUAAUAACAUUAAAUUAAAAAUAUAAUAAAAUAAAUGUGAUAACAAUUGAUUAUAAAAUAUUUAUUGUAGAUCUUUUUAGAUAAGAUAGAUAAGUUCGUUAUACGAAAUUCUAUUCUCAAUCAAACUCAAACCUAGUGAAUAUUAUAGAUUUUUAAAUAGAAAAAAAUGAGUCUACCAAAAGCAAAGAAUUAAGCUUCGUUUGUUACGUCUUAUGUUUGCAUAUAACCUCUAAUUAUCACGAGAGAAAAUGUCAACAAGGAAUGAUAAACUAAAAGAUCAAAUAAUCAUAAGUGAUUUUGAAGUUUCUUUAAAUUGAAAAGCAUUAUUAAUCAUACGCAAAACAGAAAAAUGAGAAAAUAUUAUCAAGCUGCAUUAGCUAUAAUCGCUAUUGUAAGUUUAAUAUCAUUAUUGUUCUAUAGACAUGAAUAUAAUAAGUUAAGAUAUGUCUUAGAAGUUUUCAACUAUUUUGGUAAACCAAAUCAAAAACAAAUCACCACAAAUUGCAUAAACAAUAAUGUAUCAUUCAUAGAGCAUAAUAUAAAAUUAGAUGAACCUGCUUCGUCUUGGCAAAGAUUAAAUGACGAUUUGUAUGUAUAUUCUGCAUACAACUUAAGAAAUAAUAAAGUUCAUGCAAUAAGUUUUAGUAAAAAAAAUGCUAUAUCAAAUUUACAAUGUAUAAUAUAUUUUGAACAUGAAACAAAACCAUUUAUAGGAAAUUAUAAGUACAUUGUAAUCAGUAAUACUCCAUAUUUUGCGAACGAAGAAGAAAAAGCAGGAUAUAAUGGAUAUUACUUAAUUUGUGCAUAUAUAGGAAAUAAAUUACCAGUUGGGGUGUCAUUCUUUACAGAAUUUGAUAAAGAUGGUAUUAAUGCUCCCAUCUUGUCUGUUGUGACACAACCACAAAAUUUAAAUAACAAUGAUAUAACAGUUUGUAUAAUACCACCAUUAUUAAAACCUAUGCAUGAAAUUGAUAUGAUCACUUUUUUAAGUUUUCAUGAAUUAAUAGGUAUAAAUAAUUUUAUAGCAUAUGAUUUUGGUAUUGCAAAUAUGUUGAAUAAUCGUUUAAAGGAAUUAUCUAUAAGAAAUGUUCCACAAUCAAAAUUUGCAUACAUAACAGUACCAUGGAAUUUUCCUUUUAGUAGACUUGAUGCUAAUAUUAUAAGAGAUAUCAUAGAAGCAGAUUGUUUGCAUCGAACAUAUAAUAAAAUUAUGUAUAUUGCUAUUUUAUCCUGGCAAGAAUAUAUAGCAUUAAAUUAUCAUCAUUCAGUUGUAGACUUAUUAGCUGAUUAUAAGUCAUCGAAAUUAUUAGCAGAUCGUUAUAAAUUGAAUAGUUUGACAUUUUGUACAAAAGAACUAGAUAAUAUUCUUUCUACAAACUUUACAUUAAUCAUGUAUAGAAAAAUACAAUUUGAUACAGAUCUUACAGAUCAUUAUCCUAUUUUCAUAUCAAAGCCACAUGAGGUAUUAUCAAAAAAUAAUGUAUACACUCAAAAAAUGGCUAAAGACUUGAUUCUUGUACAUAAUUACAAGACUUGUAAUGAUGUUAAGAAGAUUCAAAAAAUUAACAUCUUCAACACUUCUAUUCCAAGAUUUUCAAAGGACAUAAGAAACUCGCCGAUUUUUACAAAAUUUAUCAGCCAUUAGAGGAAAAAUGAAAUAAAUUUUUUUGAUAUUGUCAUCGGUUUUUUGCUUAUAUAUUUUUAUACACAAUUAAUUUUUUUUUUUUUUUUUUAUUAUAGUUAUACUAACUCUAUCGCCAAAAAAAUUGGACAUUUAAUUAUUAAAUUAUCUUUUUAGUAUCAUUAGUUACUUAAUAAUAUCGUAAUAGUAUCAUUAGUUACUUUUAUAUUGCUAUAUGAAUUAAGAAUAUCUGAUAUAAAAAGUAUGUAUUCAUUUAAAUAAUUACAAUUUAUAAGCAAACAAAUUUUGUUAAACAUAAAUUUGUUACAUAGAUCCAACUAAAGUGUAAAAUAUGCUAUAAAUAUGUACCAUAGUUGUAAAAAAUUUAAUGUUUAUAUAAAUAUAC